AAGCUGCAGUCUGUGUGCGGGACAUCUAACGACUACUCAACCAGUAUAGUGACUUACCUGACUGAAGUUUCCACUUAUGACAAUAAAAAUGCGAGGACUGUUCUCAAUGACACUUAUGCUGCUUGUGGUCUUGAUGGUCACAGUACAGGCAGGACACAAACAUGGUGACAAAAAAGGUCAGAAAGCCAAAGAGGGGGGCGAAGCAGAGUGCACUGAGAAGUUCUUUGCCAAAUGUGUUCCCAACGCUGGUGACUGUGGAGAUGGGUUCCGUGAGGCCACCUGUGGCGAGCACACCACCAAACACAAUAUCAAUAUCGCUUGCAACUGGAAGAAGGCCUUUGGCGCUGACUGCAAGUACAGGUUCACCAACUGGGGCGAGUGUGACACGACCACCAGCACCAAGAGCCGGUCAGGAACCCUGAAGAAAAGCCUGUUCAAGUUAGACUGCGAGGCCACCAUCAUGGUGACCAAGCCCUGCUCCUCCAAGCCCAAGGGGAAGGGAGGAAAAGGGAAGAGAGAGGGAGAACUAAAGAGAGAAGCUGACUGAGACACAGCAGGUGUGACAUCUGGCUUACUUCAGCAGCACAAUCGUCUCCUUCCUUCACUAAACACUCCCAAAUUGCACCCUAUUCCCUAUAUAGUGCACUACUUUUGACCAGGGCCCAUAGUACGUUAUUUC